GAUCACCAUUGAGUUCCCGUGUAUGAAAUACAUUUCUACCAGUACUACUCAUUUUCAUUAUUUUACUGAAUCUAACAGUAUAUAAAUAAAAAUGGGAUGUCUUCCGUUCGUUAUAUUAAUACUCUCGAUGGCAACUACCGGCUUUGGUGUCAAAAUGGAAACCGUGUACCAAUGGAAGUAUCUAGAUUAUGUUUGGGAUAAUCCGGAGCAAAAGGAAGAAGCAAUCAAUUCUGGCAAUUAUAACGUUAGCGAGUGCUAUUUAAACGAUAUAGAUAAAGCAGAUGAUGGUAGAAUAUUCGUUACUGUACCAAAAUUCUUUAAUGAUACUGUACCUGCUAGUUUAGUGACAGUCAGUGAUACAAUAGGAUCAGGGGGUCCACUUUUAUGUCCAUAUCCAGAUUGGUCUUGGUAUAAUAAUAAUAACACGUGUGAUAAUAUUGUAAAUGUUUAUUCGAUUUAUCCAUAA